AAUUCACUGGAUUAAUCACUGAAAAAGAACAUCAAUUUAUUCUUAAGAAAUUUAUCUUUUUUAUCUCAAAAUGGAAUCUCAAGAGCAAGAAAUUUAUCAAAAUUACGGAUUUAGCGUAAAUAUUGAAACAAAAACAACAAUCAAAAUCAACUGGUGUCCAAUUCCCGUCGAAAAUGAUCUUCCUCUCCAACAACAACAAUAUCAACAAGAUUCUUAUCAUCCUCAGCAACAAGAUUCUCAUCAUCCUCAACAACAAGAUUUUCAUCAACAUCAUCAACAAGAUUUUCACCAACAUCAUCAACAACAACAACAAGCUUAUUCUCAACAACAACAAGAUCUUUCUCAACAACAACAAGAUUUUCAACACCAAAAUUGUUAUCGACAAAAAACGACAGUGAAGAUAGUGAUGAUGAAGUUUUUUUCAAUUAUAAAUUCGAUGAAUUUGAUCAAAAAGGCCAAUUUGAAGAAAUGGAUUAUUCCCAAGAAGUGAAAGAAAUGGAAAUUUAAUAUUUUUCUUACCAUUUUUCACGAUCAUUCAUUAUGAUAUUUAUCUUUUAUUUUUCUUCAUAUAUUCAAGCUUAGCCAAAAUUUCUGGUAUCUUUAUAUUUAUCCCACAAUUUCAACAGUUUUUCUUAUCGAUAAUUUUUCUUUUUCUCUGAUUACAAUCAAUUUCACCACUUGUUAUGCUCAAAAUUCUAAAGAAUA